AUGCGCCCGCGCUUGCGGGCCUCUCACCGCCUCGGCGACGAGGACGACAGCUGGUACCGCACGGGCGUGCGGGCUACUUUGAGCUGGGCCCGCGCACGAGCCGGACCGGUGCCCGCUCGCCCGUACACGGCCUCGUCCUGCCCGCUCUUCAACCCGACCUUUAGCGCGACCGACGUCCUCGGCACGAGUGCCGUCGUGCGCGAGCGCGCAAAACCGCCUGCACCCGCCGCCCCGCCGCCGCCGCCGCCGUCGCACGAGCAGCUCGUGACCGACACCGUCGCCGCCCGCGACCACCAUCCCGGCGCGCUCCCGUCGCCCUCUCUCGGGUUCGUCGACUCGAUGCGCAACGCCCAGGCGCUGCUGCCCGUCGUCCACCACCGCUCGUCGGGCGACUCGACGGCCUCGUCCGGCACGCUCGUCGUCGCGCCCGCAUACUCAGACUACCCGAUCGCGCCCUCGCCAGAGCUGUCCGGCGGCGGUGGGCGCGGCAGGACCUUGUCGGGCGGGAGCGCGAGCCCGCCGACGCCGGGACCGUCCUCGUACAAGCCCCUGUCGGCGGCGGCGGCGUACCCGUCGUCGUCGUCGUACGGCGUCGGCGUCGGCGAGCCCGUCAGCCCAAAGACGCUCCCGCUCGUCCUGAGCCCCGCCCUCGCCCACCUCCCCUUUGCCGGCCGCCUCCCGAGCAUCGACCUGUUCGACCCAGCGAGCUCGCGCCGCCCGUACCCGCCUCCUUCACCCGGCAUGCCCUACUCGUCCUCCUCCCGCGUCGCCACCGCCGCCGUCGACUCGCCCUUCUCGCCCUCUCAGCGCUAUGCCUACGAGCGCGCCCGCGUCCCGUCCGGCGUCACGACCGCCACCACGACGAGCACGAGCGACGCCUACCUGCCGCACGCGCCGCCGCCCGCCGCCGCGUCGCCGCCCGGCCUCGGCCUCCUGUGCGCCGCCGGCGCCGUCGUUUACGAUUAUGGCGGCGCGCCGGGCAUGGGUAUGUCGUUCGGCGGCGGUGGCGAGCAAGAGCAGCCGCACGAGCAGCAGCAGCAGCAGCAGGUGCCCGGCCCGGGCUUUGCACCGCCCUCGUCGCUCGCCAUGCCGAGCGAGUGGCGGCCCGUCCGGCGUGCGGCUCUGCCGUCGCAGUGGGACGUGCGGGUCGAGGAGCUCGACGAGGACGAGGUCGUGGACGAGGGCGCGCUGGGGCAGGAGCAAGGGCAGGGGCAGGGGCGGCGCUCGAGCGCGGGGCACGGCUUUGCGCCACCGCCAGGGCCGCAUCGGGUGGGUGCGCAGGCGGGCGACGAGGGCGCGACGCCGGCGCCGGCGCACGAGGGCGCGUCGACGAGCGCGACGCCGUUCAUCACGAAGCUGCAGCACGUCCUCGUCAAUCCGGCGCACCACGACGUGAUCCGCUGGAACGCCGACGGGACGUGCGUCGUCUACCAGCACUCGUCGCAGCGCCUCUUGUCGAUCCUCGGCAAGUACUUUCGCCACACGAGCGUCAUGAGCCUCGCGCGCCAGCUCAACAUCUACGGGUUCCGCCGCCUGUCGGUCGCCGAGAUGCUGCGCGAGCUCGAGCGCAUCCCUCCUCCUCCUCCUUCUCUCGCCUCGACCACGUCCUCGACCUCGCCGACCGCCGCCCAGCCUCCGCCGGCUCCGCCCAUCCUGAGCGCCACCGAGUGGAGCGGCUUCACGCACCCGAGCUUCUGGCGCGACGAGCCCGGGCGUCGCGCGCUGUGCGACCUGUCGGUCCUCAAGCCUCAGGGCCCAAAGACCGAAAAGGGCCGCGCCAACCUCGCGAAAAAGAUGGCGGCCGGCGACGGCAACAAGAAGCGCAAGAAGGCGGGUGGCGGCGGUGCAGGUGGUGGUGGUGGGGCGGGCAGGGCCAAGGUUGGCGCGGUGAGGAAGGGCGGGCUCGACCUCGAGUGAGGGGCGGUCGGUCGGUCGGUCGAGGCGGAGUGCAGUCUUUGCCGCAGCGUGUUCUCUCUCUCUCUCUAGCUUUGCGCUUCUCGCGCUUGUUGUCGCCGUGCCAUUCAGCCGUUCUUGCC